AUGCUAGGGACGAACAGGGCCACUGAAGCUGGGUACUGGAAAGCUACGGGAAAAGAUAAAGACAUUUACAGAGGAAAAUCACUGGUGGGGAUGAAGAAAACUCUGGUUUUCUACGGAGGCAGAGCUCCAAAAGGUGAAAAAUCCGACUGGGUUAUGCACGAAUAUCGAUUAGAGGGUAAACUCUCUGCCUUGAACCUCCCCAAAACUGCCAAGAACGAGUGGGUGAUUUGCAGGGUGUUUCAGAAGAAUUCGAGUGGGAAAAAAAUCGACAUCUCUGGGAUAUCGAAAUUGGGUUCUUUUGGGAACGAAUUUGGCCAUUCGAUCCUUCCUCCAUUAACAGAUUCUCCACCUUUUAAUGGAGAAACCAAACGCCCCAUUCAAUCGUCCAAUAACGUGCCCUGCUUCUCCAUCGCCAUGGAUUCUCAACGAAAGCUAGAACCCAUGGCUUCUUCGUUCAACAACAACCCUCUGUUCUCUGCAAUUCCCAAUCCGAUCGACUCAUUUCCGAGAAACCCACAUUCGAAUUCAGUCUAUUCAGUACCCAAUCAGGGGUUCCCUGUGCCGCCAAAUCUGCAAUUCCCCGGCUCGGUUCUGUUGCAAGAGCAGCAGUCUCUUCUGAGAGCUCUGCUUCAGAACGUCAAUGGCGGAAACACGAGAGAAUCAUUCAAACCAGAGAGGGAGAAGAAGAAGAUCAGCGUCUCGCAGGAAACGUGCCUGACGAACGACGUGAACAACGAAAUCUCAUCGGUUUUCUCGAAUCUCGAAAUGGGUCGAAGGCCGUUUGAGAAUCCCCAAGAAGCUGCUCCGGCGGCUCCUAUGGCGCCGCCGCCGAUCGACCUGGACAGCUUCUGGAACUACUGAAAUUUGAUGAGGGGUGGAAGAUGAAGUUAAAAAAAUAAAUGGGAAUUUAGAGAUUUGGAUUAGUUUGCAAAAUGGGGAUGUUUGUGAUCUAGAUUAUCAAAAACUAGAAAGUGAGUGAAAAUUAAGCAUAGUAAUUAAUGUUAUACUGUAAUGUGAAAUGUGAAGGAAGAGAUUGGAAAUUGAGUGGUGGAAAAUUGGAUGUGGGUGGGUAAGGAUUUAGGGUUGAAAAUUGAAAUUGAAAUUGAAAUUAAAAUUUGAGGAAUUGGGAAUUGGGAGAGUUUCGAAAGUGAAGAGAAGAAUUCAGUCGGUGGAUAACUAAUCUCUCUUUGUUUAAUAAUCUAAUAUUUUUCUGUCCUAUGGGAUUUGCCGCUUA